UUUCUGUUAUGUUUUUUGUAUUCUAUUUUUUAGUGUUUGCAUAUUUUACGCAUUCGGAGAUAAACUGUUUCACCCAAAGAUCCAUAAGGACUACGAAUUAUGUAGGAGGACGCCAAGAAAUUUCCAACUCAAGAGGUGCUGCUCAACCUAAAGGAACGAUCCAUAAAACAAGCAAUCUAAAUAAUGAUUUGAAGUCCAAUAUUUUUGACAAAAUACUGAGCGAUGAAAUGCUGCUAUCUUUGGAACAAAGACAUGACCAAAGAGACAGUUCUAAAAAUCCUUUACCCCUUUCAAGUAAGCAUCAUUUGAUUACUCCAACUCUCGAAAUAAAACAGAAUUGGCCAAUUUUCAAGCACAUAAAUAACGUAAGGGAUGUUGACAUAAUAGAUCAGAACAAGCUCGUCGAUAUCAAAACAAAAAACCACGACGAAUAUUUAGACCCUUUACCGAAAUCUGAGAUAACAUCGGAGUUGAAAUUUGAAGCAAAUAAACUGGCAGAACAUGAAGAACUAAAUCGUAAUAAGGUACUAUGGGUAAAACCAGAAAUUAAUAAAUCUUCAAAAAACAUACCAUUUAACAGUAAAGUCAUCGGGAUGAGAAGUUUACCUGACCUUGGAGUCAAAGAAAAGUGUAAGUGUAAAAAAACGAAUCCAUCAAGUCCAUGCAAAUGUUCGGGCACUAGUCAUAAUAAGAAAAGAUGUACCCACUCAACUCCGAACGCUAGAGCUCACGAGUGCUCUCGCCUUGGCGCCGUAACUAACCACUCUUGCAGUCAGGGUCAGCCAUACCAAGACUUUGUAACUUCUAAUCCAUACAGUUUCUACCCUGUUUAUGUACCCUAUACAUAUUUUGCUAGUGAAGCUCCGAUGAUUCCAUAUACAGUUAGCUAUCCACAACCAAUAUUCAGCGAUUUGAAAAUUCCUCGGAAACAUAAACACAAGUGCCGUAAGCAAACGACGCGUUUUGAAGAAGAUUUAUAUUAUGAAGACAACGACAGCCGCGAAAGAAGACCCUACGAUGAUAACGAAUAUUAUCAUGACAGUAAAAAGGAGUCUACAAAAGGGAUUGUUUACGACGUUAAUCAAGAUGCACUUAUUAAAGAAAUUGUGAAGGAUUUGAAAAUUCACAAUAAUAAGGAUUUCGUCAAGGAGUGUUAUUGUGAUUCGUCUGUAAGCACAUGUAGAUCUAAUAUUUUUGUAUCGAUACUCAUUUUCUCACUUUUCAAAUUGUUAUCGACAAUGUCGUUAUGUUUUGGCUUGGAAUAAACGUUUUUCUAUUAAAA